AGCGGCCAGUAGACAGAGGCAGGAGGCGGCAGGCGAACACGGCCAGCCUGUACACCCGGAUCAGGUGCCCUCCGGAUCUAACUCGCGCAUUUUAUCAGUAUGGCUGUGACCGAGGCUCGCUGCGACUUGACCUACUGCAGGAUGAGGGGCAUCGUGUCCGUCCUCACCGCUUUUAUCAAAGAGAGGAAGAUGGGCUUAAACGACUUCAUUCAGAAGCUGGUCUCCAGCCCUCACAUCUGCCAACAUUCUCAGGUAGACUCCUUCCUGAAGAUUGACGAGAACCAGAAUGAGGAAAUAGGGAGAGACCAGUUUUGCCUGACCUCCCCCAGGAGCUCGCUGGCCGAGGAGACUCAGAUAAAACCGUCUGACUUUGACUACCUGAAGAUCAUCGGCAAGGGGAGUUUUGGAAAGGUUCUGCUGGCCAGACACAAGGAGACUGAACAGUACUAUGCUGUAAAGGUGCUGCAGAAGAAAAUCAUUCUGAAGAAGAAGGAGCAAAAGCAUAUCAUGGCUGAGCGUAGCGUUCUAAUGAAGAACAUCAAACACCCAUUCCUGGUGGGCCUGCAUUACUCCUUCCAGACCACCGACAAGCUCUACUUUGUGCUGGACUACAUCAACGGAGGCGAGCUGUUCUACCAUCUCCAGCGUGAGAGGGUGUUCCUGGAGCCCAGGGCCAGGUUCUACGCUGCUGAGAUCGCCAGCGCUCUCGGCUAUCUACACUCUCUCCACAUCGUUUACAGAGACCUGAAGCCGGAGAACAUCCUACUGGACUCUCAGGGCCAUAUUGUACUGACUGACUUUGGCCUGUGCAAAGAGGGACUGGAACCCAACGGAACAACAACUACGUUCUGUGGAACUCCAGAGUAUUUGGCACCUGAGGUCCUACAGAAACAGGCAUAUGACCGCACAGUGGACUGGUGGUGCCUUGGGUCAGUCCUUUAUGAGAUGCUAUAUGGACUGCCUCCUUUCUACAGUCGCAACACAGCUGAGAUGUACAACAACAUCCUUCAUAAGUCUCUGGUGCUGAAACCAAACGUGUCCAACGCUGGACGCGAGCUGCUCGAGGGUUUGCUGCAGAAGGACCGGACCAAGAGGCUUGGGGUGAAGGACGACUUUCUGGAGCUCAAGUACCACAGCUUCUUCUCUCCCAUCAACUGGGAUGACCUGAUGGCCAGAAAAAUCACGCCUCCGUUCGUCCCUUCAGUGACUGGUCCCACUGACCUCCGGCACUUUGACCCCGAGUUCACACACCUGCCUGUGUCCACCUCCCUGUUCAACACCGACAACCUGCACGUGACCAGCAGCAUCCGAGAGGCGGCCGGAGCUUUCCCGGGAUUUUCCUACGGACCUCCAGCUGACCUUACCUUCCAGUAGCCGCUUCCAACAUCCAGCACGUUCCUCCAAAUGUACAAUUCCACCCCCCCAUUCCGGACUACAGGAGAGACUGAGCCAGGCUUUAUUAGCGCACAUGAGGGACCACAGAGGAGGAGGACGUUGUUGGCAUUUUAGCGUUUCCUGCUAUUCUGCUCACGUGUACUGUAUGAAUGAGGAUUGACUCACUGUGGACAUCUGAUCGUCCGUGCUGGGUUCUAUGGAUAUCAGCAGGAUCAUAUCUCAGACUGCUUCUAGAGCAGAUGCUACGUGUGCCAAGUUUGCGUCGGGACUAUAUUCUCUGACUACCGUAAAGCUGGACUGAGCACAACGGACGGAAAGCGAAGAAGUGCCUGAACUUUCAGAAAAACAUACAGCAAUUAUAAUGACGAAGGCUUUUGGCCUCCUGGCCCUGUAAUGAUGGUACCAGCUACUGGGCGAGAUGCCUUUCUGACUUUAGUGGGUUUAUUUUUUUGCGUAAGAUCAAACUUUUGAGGACUUUUAUGGUGAAUGUUCAAGACCAGAAGUCAAAUGGUACUUUUUUGCAUUGUUGCACACUGGGGGGAAAAAGGAUCAAGAAAAGUACGACUUACAAGUCUGACGUCUUACACGUUUAUGUUAGUUUAAGUUUCUUCUGUAAUAAAGACGAGCGUCACAUUUCUAAUUGGCUGUGUUGUGGCGCGCGGCAUGUUUUGGGCCCAAGCACACAUUAAUACCUGCAACCUCAAAUUUUUGCCUGACACGAAGAUUAAAUAACUUAGCUUGGCAUUUUUAUUGCAUCUUGCUUCCUCCAAUAUAUCAUAUUUCUUCCAUUAUCAGAAUCUCUUAGCUGUGAUCGAGUAGAUCGUCAUCACGGUAGAACGAGUAGGUCUUUAUAAACAACUGAAUGGAGCUUUUGUGUCUUACACGUACUUUAUUCUCCUGUCUUUCUCCAAAGCCAGCACUUUUAUACCAUGUUAUGAUGUGUGAUAGGUCACUUUUGCUUGUUGAUAGAAAUAUAAAAUCACUUUAUCAUUAAAACCAGAGGACGGUCUGUAUAUUUUGUACCAGUAAUAAUUAAUAUUCACAUGUUGUUAUGAUUUUAUCGCGGUUGUCGUCUGAGAUGUUUGCUGUCUGUGGCAGACGCUGACCAUUCUGACUGUGCUGAAACUGUAUGGGUCAUAUCCGGCUCUUCUAGCACAGAAAGGACUGUGAACGUGCUUUCCCUGGCAGUGCGUGCCUGUCCAGCUAAUUUAUGCACAUUGUGUACUUCCUGUGUGUUUUUUCCCUUUACCCCACUUGUUCGGACAGAGACCGCUGUGCAGUGAAACGCCACUUUACACUGAACAAUAAACUUGAUAUGCAGACAGUGA